AUGCCAGAUGAACGACAGUUAACGAAAGGAAUAGCCUCCACGGAUGUUCCGGCUCAAUUGCGGUCUAUGGUGGAUUCUCUGGUCUGGGAAUCGACGCGAGUGGAGGAAGGUGGUACUGGUGCUUGCUUGGAGUACCUCCUGAAAAACGAUGUGUUGGGGACGCUCGUCCGCCUUAGUGAAAGCGAUCGGCCUGCUGGAAUUCAAGCAGAGGUUCUCCGUGCUGUAUCAAACAUGGUCGUACUAUUGGACGAACAGUUUCUGGUGCAUUCUGCUGUACACAAAGCCGUUCUUCGACUACUUCGCAACUGUGUGGGAGAUGAUAUCCAGGAGCAACUAGAUGGCAGAGGGAAGCCCAUGGGCGCUGCUGGGAAUGUCAUCCGGAGUCAACCCUCAGAGCACGAAGAAGACUUGGUCAAUCUUCUGUGCAUUUUGUGCAGUCGGAUACGGACAUAUCGUGAAUUACUCAUGAUCUUCUUUCAUGACAAACACUGGUAUCGUUCCGAGCCAUUGUUCUCUGUCGAGGAGGAAGAUGAAGAUGAAGACGACGAGGACGAGGACGAGGACGAGGACAACGGGGAAGAGGAUCCAGACGAUACCUUGAAGGGCAUCAAAAUUCAAGAUCCUGCAGCAAAUGGACCACUAGAGUCGUCCAAUGCACUUCAAGAACCAAACCCGUCCGAACAACCAGCGGCGCCUAAGAAGACAGAAUAUGAAUUUCUCCUCUUCAACUAUCUUCUUCGUUUCGUCCACAGGGAAGGUCACAUCGGCGAAUUCGCGCGUGCAGGCUUGCUAUUCCUCAUGGACGUCGCGAUGUCUCCCGGAGAGUCUGAUGCUGCCGGAGGAGAAAGCUCGACCGCGCCAGAUCCCGUCAACGAUGCUGCACUGGCGCUGGCGGAAUACAUCCUCGAUGGUGACUUCUCGGAAGUGUUGGGAGCUGGCUUGAGCGCUGUUUACUCGCUUCUACCCUCAAAACUGGGCUUUUUCCCGCAAGCUUCCCCAUCGGAGGCAGACAACUCCAUGACGAUCGGUGGCACCGGUCUGACCUCUGACGCCGAGAUACUUGCACUCCGAGAGAAAGGCCGGGAAAUGGGAAUGGAAGACGCCAGAAGUCCUGAGUUCAAGGCGAAAAUAGAUCAUUUCCUUACACUGCUCAUGUUUCUUCAAGAUGUUCUGCGACGAAACGUGGCGCACGACAACGUCGAUGCCUCUGCCUUGGUGGGCACGGCAAUUGUCCAAUCCAUCCUAGAUGCCGUACGGCGGAUUUUCCUCCAGAAUGUGCUUUAUCCCUCAAUUUUGGAGUGCUCAGACGUGGAUGGAAGCGCAGUUGCGGUCAUGUCAUACAUUGAAAUCAUGGUCCGGACAAUGCGCGACGGCCCGCUUGCCAAUCUCUUAGUCGAUUUCCUGGUCAGUGAAGACAACGAUGACCCUCGUGUCAAGCAACGUCCUCAGUCUAUGGUGACUUUGGGCCAAAGUAGAGGAGUAUCGUCUGACGAAAAAAGGGCGAAACACCGAAGAAGGCAGAGUAGUGCAAUGACACUUUUGGAAAUGGAGGCGCCGGAGUCCAGAAAGCCGUCAAACUACUUCACAUCAAUGGGACGGUUCACUCUCAAGGACCUUCUGCUUGCCAAUUUGCGGUCUAAAUACCAGGCAACAGCCACGUCGGCACUGCAACUCUUCCAGACGAUGCUUCUGUACCACUCUCAGUUGACUGCUGAAAGGAUUCUCCUCGUCAUCCCUGAUUCCUUUGCAACAUCCUUCCCUCAUCCUGCUUUGAUCAAAUCACCCUCUAGUGCUCCUCUAGAUUCCACCACAACCAUUCAAGAGGAAGAGGAAGAGGAAGAAUUUCACUACCCCGGCGUUGUGGACCCUUUCGAUGACUUCGACACUUCGUUCUCCGACCGGUCACAAUUCAUUCAACCAGAAACGACAUACUCGACGCACGAGCGCGAAACAGCGCUUUAUCUCGCCCUUGUCUCGAGAGUCGAUCCCUCGCGUAACGUCGAUGCUGACAGCUUCAGCACAGGGUACGACCAUUACCUGCAUGACGCUCUGGUAACCAUCCAAGCGCAGCCUGCUUAUUGGAAAGCCAUUGAAGAACCUGACGACACCCCAAGAUUCAGGCACCGUCUUAAUGUCAACGACCCCAUUCUCUCUCUCGUCCUUGAAUCCCUCACUACCUUCUUCUCCAACACCCCUGACUUCAACAUCGGCUUGACUGGUGUCCUGUCAACAUUGGCCACCCACCCUGAUCGCUCGUUAGCUGGUUGGAUAACAUUUGCUAUCAAUGACGAGCAAGAUACGUCCAAGAGUCGUUUUGACCGAAACGCACUUAACGGCGAUGGCGAUGAUCGUUCAAUAGACUUUAGCAUAGAAGAUAAACUCGCGAAUGAGACGAACUAUCUUCCAGCUGCCAGCAUGGACGAGAAUUCGCGACCUGUUGUCUACACAGUAUUCCAUGGCCUCGUCACACAAUUGGAACGAUAUCGCCAGACAGUGGAAAAGUUCGACAAAUUCCUUCUUGAGCGGCGGCAAGGCCUCUUGUUCUCCGAGAAUCUCACAGAUGCUCUGAAUUUGGCUCUUGAGACGGACGAACCAAAGAUGGUCAAGCCGACGCCCCAGCCUGUGCAAAAGCCGAAAAAGCCUAAGCAAUCGGCGUCGUCGUCUUUCGUGUCAUUCCUUACGCCCAAGAAAAAUAAACCCAUCAAACGAGCGCCCAAACCUGAGCCUUCGACUCCGCCUCGUAAUUCCGUUCCCAAGUCCGUUUCAGCUAGUCCUUUCGGCAGCCACUACCAGCACACUGGGUCAGUCAAGGUCGAGCCAUUCGUUGCGCCGGUACCGGAUUCAGGUCCUUGGACACCAGCCAAAUCCAAAAAGUGGGCUAUCCCGGAGGAGGAUGUAUUUGGAUCAGUGUGGACGGACAAGUCCCAGAGCCAGCAGGACAAGAAGCAGGAGGAACCCGAAAAACUCCCACCUGUAACGUUGUCGCAAUUACUGGACAACGUCGUCAUCCUGGAAGAGAGUAUCAAGGAGCUCGUCGCGAUUAUCCAUGCCCGAAGAAGUCUAGGGAUAGAUUCUUUACGUUACCUAUGA